AUGCUGGCGCUCGUUUUGGCCACAAUCCUACACUUGAAGAACUGCUUCUUCGGCAAGGAUCUGCCGGAGCUUCGUCAAGGGGCAGCCCCCUUGGUGAACACAUCGCAAGGCCUUCUCCGUGGCAGGCGUGUGGAAGAUGGCGAGGAGUUCCUGGGCAUCCGCUAUGCAACGCGCCCUGCACGGUUUGAGCUCUCGGAGCUGUCAACCGCCCGGUGGGAGGGCAUCUACGAGGCCACAAAGCAGGGACCUCGCUGCUGGGAGCCCGGGAAGUUUCCCUGCGUGCCGCCACCCGGCCAAAGCGCAGCCGAGGCAUGUCGGUCGACUGCGUCGGAUGACAUGUCGGAGGACUGUUUGUUUCUGGACGUUCGACGACCCUUGGGCACAAAGCCUGGAGACCGCAAGGCGACCAUGGUUUGGAUCCAUGGGGGCGGCAUGGUGCAGGGUGACUCCGGCGAGGGCCGCGGCGUUGGAAACGGCAGUGCGCUUGCACACCGCGGUGACGUGGUCGUUGUGUCGGUGAACUACCGCCUGGGACCUCUUGGUUUCCUGCCCGUGCGGCCAUUCGGCGCGAACGGCGGCAGUGGGGGGAUGAAUGGAAUGCACGACCAGAUCGUUGCCCUGCGCUGGGUGCAAACGAACAUUGCCAGCUUCGGGGGAGAUCCCGACCAGGUGACCUUGUUUGGGUGCUCGGCAGGGAGCCUCUCCAUUUGCGUGCUCUCCGUUUCACCGUUGACGCAAG